AUGGUGGUGAUGGCAAUGGCGGUGGCGAUAGUGGUUUGUGGGUGCUGGUGGGGGAGUGGGAGUGGUAGUGGCAGCGGUAGCAGUUGUGGUGAUGUUGAUGAUGUUGGCGGUGGUUGUGGUAGUGGUGACAAUGGGGGUGAUGAUGGGGUUGAUAGUGGGGGUGGUUGUGGUGGUGGCAGUGGGGGUAAGGGUGGUGGUGGGGCUGGUAAUGAGGGCAACGGUGGGAGGGUGAUGAUAGCGGCGAUGAUGACGAUGACUUUGGUUGUGGCGGCGGCGGUUGUGGUGAUAGCCAAGAUAAGAUGGUGGUGA